AUGGCUCUCGCGCAGGCAGCAAACAUUGCGGAGAAGAUUGCCGGCCACGACGACAACGCCAUCACCCAGCAAGAUGUCUCGACAUUCCCCUCGGGCGGCAAGGACGACACGAUGAAGGCCCUAGUCUGGAUGGGCAAGAACCACCUCGUCGAGGACCGCGACGUCAUCCUCAAAGUUACCGGGAGCACCGUGUGCGGCUCGGACCUGCACCUGCUCCACGGCGCCAUCCUGGAGAUGAAGAAGGGCGACAUCCUGGGCCACGAGUUCUGCGGCGAGGCGGCCGUCGUGGGCCGGGCCGUGCACAACGUCGAGGUCGGCCGGCGCUACGUGGCCUCGUUCCAGAUCGCCUGCGGCGAGUGCUGGUUCUGCGAGCGCCGGCUGUCGUCGCAGUGCGAGCGCACCAACGCGAACACCCUCCAGCGGGAAGCGUACGGCGGCCGCACGGCGGGCAUCUUUGGCUACGCGCACCUGACGGGCGGCUUCGCGGGCGGGCAGGCCGAGUACGUGCGCGUGCCGCUGGGCGACGUCAACCUGCUCGAGAUUCCGGACGGCGUGCCGGACGAGAAGGCCCUCUUCCUGUCCGACGUGCUGGCCACGUCGUACCACUGCGUCGUCGACACGGGCGUCGAGGCCGGCGACAGCGUGGCCGUCUGGGGCGCCGGCCCCAUCGGGCAGAUGGCCGGCGUCUUCGCGCUCGACAAGGGCGCCGAAAAGCUCAUCUUCGUGGACACGGAGCCGCGGCUGUCGACGAUGCGCGGCAAGUUCCCCGCGGACAGGCUGGAGCUGGUCGACUACAAGGCGCCGUCCGGCGAUGAGAAGGGCACGGUGGUCGGGCGGCUCAAGGAGCUGUGCCGCGGGCGCGGGCCGGACGUGGCGCUCGAGUGCGCGGCGGGCGAGUACGCCAAGGGCUGGCUGCACCGGCUGGAGAUGACGGUCGGACUGGAGACGGACACGAGCGAGCUGGUCAACGAGAUGAUUGAGAGCGUGCGGUCGUUUGGCCGCUGCGGCGUGACGGGCAUCUACGCUGGAUUUACCAACCACUUCAACAUUGGCUCGCUCAUGCAGCGCGGCAUCCGCCUCAUCGGCAACGGCCAGGCGCCGGUGCACCUGUACUGGAAGGAUCUGCUCAAGGACAUCGAAAGAGGCAAGCUGGACCCGAUGCAGAUGGUGUCGCACCGGGUGCGGCUGGAGGACCUGGACAAGGUGUACCACGUGUUCGACGAGAAGAAGGACGGGAUGCAAAAGGUGUUUGUGGAGACGAAGUUCUCGUAUCCGGCGAGCAAGGACAGCCCGGCGUUGACGAGGUACUGA